GAAUUUCACUCCAAAGGAGGCGUUGUCCUACCGGCGGGUUCAUUCUUACGUUAAACCGGGGGAUGGGAUUACCCAACCCGUCAUUUUAACGGCAUUAUUUUAUUAUUUUGUGGUUUUAGCUCAGAGUUUUAAUAUUAUUUUAUCAACAUGAUCAAGAACGGUCACCACACAUCGAGUGAGCAGGGCAUAGAGAGCGGUGCUAAGCAGGGAGACUUGGCUUGCAGCCCAGAGAAGAGGAAGCGCUCUGUCCGGGUGUGGUGUGAUGGCUGUUAUGACAUGGUGCACUACGGCCACUCCAACCAGCUGAGACAGGCUAAGGCCAUGGGAGAUUACCUCAUCGUUGGAGUACAUACAGAUGAAGAGAUCUCGAAGCACAAGGGUCCUCCUGUCUUCACCCAGGCAGAGAGGUAUAAGAUGGUGCGGGCUAUCAAGUGGGUGGAUGAGAUCGUAGAGGGUGCUCCCUACGUCACCACACUGGACACACUGGACAAAUACAACAGUGACUUCUGCGUCCACGGAGAUGACAUCACCCUGACGGUGGACGGUAAGGACACGUAUGCGGAGGUGAAGAGAGAGGGCCGGUACCGGGAGUGUAGACGCACCCAGGGGGUCUCCACCACAGACCUGGUGGGCCGCAUGCUGCUCAUGACUAAAACCCACCACAGUAACAUCGACAACUCAGACUACCAACAGCACACGGACAACUUUGGGAAGGGUCCUAAGGGCCACAGUCCAUGGACAGGAGUGUCCCAGUUCCUCCAGACUUCCCAGAAGAUCAUCCAGUUUGCCUCAGGACAGGAGGCCCAACCUGGGGACACCAUCAUCUACGUAGCCGGGGCCUUCGACCUCUUCCACAUUGGUCAUGUUGACUUCCUGGAGACUGUCUACAAACAGGCUGAGAGGCCUUACGUCAUCGUGGGACUGCACUUUGACCAGGAAGUGAAUCGCUACAAAGGGAAGAACUACCCAAUCAUGAACAUCCACGAGAGAACCCUGAGUGUCCUGGCCUGCAGGUAUGUAUCAGAGGUGGUGAUUGGGGCUCCCUAUGCUGUGGGUAAAGAUCUGCUGGACCACUUCAAGGUGGACCUGGUGUGUCAUGGGAAGACAGAGGUGUUUCCUGACAGGGACACUGCAGACCCUUAUGCUGAGCCUAAGAAGAGAGGUAUCUUCCGUACAGUAAACAGUGGUAACGGUUUGACCACCGAUGACAUCGUACAGAGAAUCAUCAAGAACCGGCUGCAGUUUGAGGCAAGGAACCAGAAGAAGGAGGCCAAGGAGAUUGCGGUGUUUGAGGCGAUGAAAAGCCAGGCAGAGGGAGAGCAGGCCGGGGACACGGCCCAGGCAGCACAUUAACCAGAUCAAACUAGUUCAAACCAGACCCAGCUGUCCCAAAACUAAUCCUAACCCAGAGUUUCUCAAACUCGAGAAACUCUGAAAUAACUUUUUUUUAAAUUGCGUUUGGUUCAUAGAAGUGGGGUUAAGUCAGUAACCUCCGGUAGCUGCUAGAUGCCGUUGUCAUAGUGAGAGCGGUUUUGAACGGUUUAAUCACCGGAUUCCCUCCUCAAAGCCCAGAAGCCUCAGAACAGAGUGGACAAGACCAGGCACUGAAAUCAGACUGGAGGAAAAACAACAAUCACUGGUGUUCAUUUCUACUCAGCAGAUCAAACUAAAUGAUUGGCUGAUGAUCUUCUGAACUUCCCAAUACAUUUCUGAUGCAUUUGUCACUUCAAACAGUCCUUCAUAUUGAAACACUGUCAAAUGUACUGUCAACUGAUUUGUAAUAGUCGGUUAUAGUCCCAGUUUAAGAUCCAAACAUUGGCUGUUGAUUUCAUCACCUUUUUUUUUUAAUGACAAAAUGGGGUCACGGAACAAAAAAGUUUGGGAACCCCUGUCCUAACCAGUUCUAAAUGGUUCAAACACGACCCGAACCGGGUCAGACUGAACCCAGCCAGCCCAAACCAGUCUAGUCCUACUACUUGUACUGUAUACACAUCCUUUAGUGAAGCAUUGCCUGCUAGCCCGUCCUGGGACCGGCUUUACCCCCCCAGUCCACAACGGGACAAACUCAUUCCACCGACGGCCGAGUGUCUGCGGGUUUUCACUCCCUUGUACUUGAUUGAUGAAUUAAGGUCAGUAAUCAGUAAGGAACUCCCCUCACCUGGUUGUCCAGGUCUUAACUGAAAGGACAAACCAGAGGACACUAGGCCCUCCGUGAAAUGAGUUUCCACCUGACCCAAACCGGAUCAGACCAGAUCAAACUGCAGAAACAGACUUUAACCAAGACACCUCCUCUCCUUCACCAGCUAAGGAGAACACAAAAAUAACCCUCUUCCCUCUGUCAGUGGAGGCUGCUGAGGGGAGGAUGGCCCAUUAUAAUGUCUGGAGUGGAAUAUCUGGAAUGGACUGUGUUAAAUCUUCUCCCACUUUGAGGCAGAAAGAAAGGAAGAGAAACCAAAGUGUGACUGAUGAAAAAGAGAACAUUGAGAGACUUGUGAUGAAGAGAGGAAAGUCUAUGUAGUUGUGUGUGUACUGUAUAUUUAGUAGUGCCUUCUAGUCUGAUCUACCAAAUGGCACACUGUUCCCUAUGGACCCUGGUCAAACGGCCGCUGACCCCAGCCCUGCGGUUACGGCCGCUGACCCCAGCCCUGCGGUUACGGCCGCUGACCCCAGCCCUGCGGUUACGCCCGCUGACCCCAGCCCUGCGCUUACGGCCGCUGACCCCAGCCCUGCGGUUACGCCCGCUGACCCCAGCCCUGCGCUUACGCCCGCUGACCCCAGCCCUGCGCUUACGGCCGCUGACCCCAGCCCUGCGCUUACGGCCGCUGACCCCAGCCCUGCGCUUACGGCCGCUGACCCCAGCCCUGCGCUUACGGCCGCUGACCCCAGCCCUGCGCUUACGGCCGCUGACCCCAGAACACAUACAUGCCAGAGUUGUAGCUGCUCAGCCUGAAGUGUCCCCACUUGCGCUGUCGAAUAACUGGCUGUUCUGUGGCGUGACCGGUACGACUCUUCAGGUGGCCUGUCACGUGUGUUCGAGGCAGAGGUCUUGGGUUCGCGCCUCGCUAGGAGCUGACUCAGGAGGAAGGUGGUGCUCUUUAAGCAAGCAGCAUGACCUCCUUCACAUCACUAUGGGUCGGAGUCCUGUCUACUAUCUCUUCAAUACAUUUAACCAGUGUACGAUAUAGGGAGUAAUUUCAGAUGCAGCCCUCUGUCUUGUAUGUAACCUGAUGAUUCAGGACUCUGUCUUGUAUGUAACCUGAUGAUUCAGGACUCUGUCUUGUAUGUAACCUGAUGAUUCAGGACUCUGUCUUGUAUGUAACCUGAUGAUUCAGGACUCUAGUCUUGUAUGUAACAUGAUGAUUCAGGACUCUGUCUUGUAUGUAACAUGAUGAUUCAGGACUCUGUCUUGUAUGUAACAUGAUGAUUCAGGACUCUGUCUUGUAUGUAACCUGAUGAUUCAGGACUCUGUCUUGUAUGUAACCUGAUGAUUCAGGACUCUGUCUUGUAUGUAACCUGAUGAUUCAGGACUCUAGUCUUGUAUGUAACAUGAUGAUUCAGGACUCUGUCUUGUAUGUAACCUGAUGAUUCAGGACUCUGUCUUGUAUGUAACAUGAUGAUUCAGGACUCUGUCUUGUAUGUAACAUGAUGAUUCAGGACUCUGUCUUGUAUGUAACAUGAUGAUUCAGGACUCUAGUCUUGUAUGUAACCUGAUGAUUCAGGACUCUGUCUUGUAUGUAACAUGAUGAUUCAGGACUCUGUCUUGUAUGUAACAUGAUGAUUCAGGACUCUGUCUUGUAUGUAACAUGAUGAUUCAGGACUCUGUCUUGUAUGUAACAUGAUGAUUCAGGACUCUGUCUUGUAUGUAACAUGAUGAUUCAGGACUCUAGUCUUGUAUGUAACAUGAUGAUUCAGGACUCUGUCUUGUAUGUAACAUGAUGAUUCAGGACUCUAGUCUUGUAUGUAACCUGAUGAUUCAGGACUCUGUCUUGUAUGUAACAUGAUGAUUCAGGACUGUCUUGUAUGUAACAUGAUGAUUCAGGACUCUGUCUUGUAUGUAACAUGAUGAUUCAGGACUCUGUCUUGUAUGUAACAUGAUGAUUCAGGACUCUAGUCUUGUAUGUAACAUGAUGAUUCAGGACUCUGUCUUGUAUGUAACAUGAUGAUUCAGGACUCUAGUCUUGUAUGUAACAUGAUGAUUCAGGACUCUGUCAA